AUGGCUAAAUUAGUCCACAACGUACAGAAAAAGCAGCAUAGGGAGAGGUCUCAGAAGUCAAGUAGGGCCAGAUAUGGUUUGCUUGAAAAGAAGAAAGACUAUAGGCUAAGAGCCGCGGAUUAUCACAAGAAGCAGGCCGCACUCAAAGCAUUGAAGGAGAAAGCAAAGUCCCACAAUCCGGAUGAGUAUUACCAUGCCAUGACAAAGAAAAGGACAGAUGACAAGGGGAUACUCAUAUCUGAUAGAGACAAUGCAGUUUUGAGUGUUGAUCAAGCGAAGCUUUUGAAAACGCAAGAUAUCAAUUACAUACGAACCAUGCGUUUGCACGAGUCAAACAGAAUCAAGCGUCUUCAAGAUGGAAAACUUUUUGAUGGAUCUGGAAAACAUACCGUAUUUGUCGAUUCAAGCCAACACCAGGAAUCGUUUAAGCCCGAGGAGUAUUUCAACACAGACGAAUCAUUAGUUGAGAACAGACAAAACAGACUUCGAUUAGAUCAGUUGCAUGCAAAUUCGGGGUUGGUGAAUCUGCCGACUUUUGAUAUGAAUGAGAAGGACAAGUUGGACGAGAAAAAGCUCAAGCUGUUCAAGCAACUUCAGAGGGCCAUAGCAAAGGAGAAGGAUUUGCGUCAGGUGGAAGAUAUAAUGAGUAGGAAUAUAGAAAAGAUGAAGAAAGGGGACAAGAAGAAAAUGGUGGAUUCCAAUGGCAAAACCUACUUCAAAUGGAAGACUCAAAGAAAAAGAUAA